AUGUAUUUGCUCUCUUGCGUAUCUUUUCUGGCAACCCUGUUCGGCUUCCUUUCGGUCGCUUCUGGUUGUACGUUGCUGGGAACACAGUCAAGAACUUUUCCAAUAUGUCUACUUCAUAAUCAUACACAUAUCGAAAUUGACGGUCUUCGCGUUCCAUUGGGUACGGAAAAUAAUAUACGCAUACAACUCGAAGAGCCGUCGAGAGUGACCGAAGUUUCUUGCGGGGGACAUAUUCAUUCGAUUCCUUGGCCGCAAUUAACGAAAGAUGCUAACCAAGUCCGCGUCCGCUAUGUAGAAGGCAUCGCCACUCUACGUGUAUAUUGGUGUGAUAGUUUCGAAGGUCCUGAAAAGGCUGGUAUACGCUGCGCGAUCGAAGCCUUCUCUAGCGCUUGCCCAGGUCGAGUUGGUGUUGAUAAUCAUACGUGCGUUUACGAAGUACAAACUGACCGUUUUUCGAGCAACACCGUGCGCAAAGCGGUGCAAGUGAAGACAGAGGUUGCAGUAGCCGUACUGGAUAAAGCAAAAGUCGCGGUUGGUGUUUCUCACACUAAAGAAAACACGGUUGUGAACACGUAUUCGGUUGAAAGUCGCUCUUAUAUUGUUAUCCCAGCUGGCUACAGCUUUUGCUCAUUCAGCAAAGUGCAUUCAGUCGAAAAACGUUUGUCAACAAAUGGCUUUGAAUGGAAAUGUAAUCUUCCUACGUUUAAACAGACAACCACAAUCAGUGGACGUUGUUCAAAGCUGUCGCUUUGUGAAACCCAAACGCCAUGCCAAGAUUCACAUAAGCAAUUGCCUGACAGUGGACCGGAAAAUAAAUCUGCAGUCGCUCAACCGGUAGCUAUGCUAUUAAUCGGCGUCCUCUGCAUGAUCGUGAGUGUCAUAAGUAGUAAUGUAGGUUACAAUGAGUGAAGCUGGCAACAAAAUGCACUUUCAUAAGAAUAACCAUGAUUAUAACAUAUAAUUAAAAUUUUGAUUUUUGUCUUUGA